AUAAUAAUGGGUGCUUGUAGUGGAAUAUGUGGAUAGAGUAACACUGAUCAUACAAUAGUUAAUGGAAAUCAUGUACAACAAUCAGAUGUGGAAUAAUAAAUAGAUUAAGGUUUAAAAGGAUCAGGACAUUCAGUUAGAUAAUCUCAACAAUCUUCAGAUGUGAAUGUUGGAUAAAUGCACUAUGAGAACGAUCAUUAUGAACAAUUAAAGAAAUCAAAUUAGAAGUUUGAAGAGAUAAAAACUUAAUUAUAACAUGAUUCUUUUCUUGAGAAAUGUGAACCUGUAACACUGGAAACAGGAGCAAUAUAUACUGGAUAAUGGAAGGAUGAAUAAAAAAAUGGUUGGGGGAGGCAAGUUUGGCCAGAUUAAUCAGUAUAUGAAGGAGAAUGGGUUAAUGAUAAAGCUUGUGGAAGAGGUAAGUUAAUUCAUGCAGAUGGAGAUAUAUAUGAUGGUGAAUGGGCUAAUGAUAAAGCUAAUGGUUUUGGAAGAUAUUAUCAUAGUAAUGGAGCAACAUAUUAAGGAUAAUGGAAAGAUGACAAGUAAGAAGGAUUUGGUGAAGAAACUUGGCCAGAUGGAUCUAAAUAUAAGGGAUAAUAUAUAGAUGGUAAAAAACAUGGAAAAGGAAGAUUAGAAUUUAUUGAUGGUUCUUUUUAUGAUGGAGAAUUCUAAGCAAAUGAUAUUCAUGGAAAAGGUAUUUGAUUUAUUAAAAUUAAAUAUAGGAUUGUAUGUUUGGGCAGAUAAAAGACAAUAUAAUGGAGAUUGGUAAAAGAAUAAAAUGCAUGGAUAUGGAUUAACUAAAUGGCCUGAUGGUAGAUCUUAUGAGGGAGAGUAAUAUAUUUUAUAUUAAUAUUAUUAGAUAUAGAGAAGAUAAAAAACAUGGACAUGGAACAUUUAUUUGGAGUGAUGGUAGAAAGUACAUUGGAUAAUGGAUUGAUGGUAAAUAAUAGGGAAAAGGACUUUUUAUUAAAGCUGAUGGUACAACUAAAAGAGGAGAAUGGGCAGAUGGUAAAAGAAUUCGAUGGACAGAUUGA